AUGUAUUUUAUCUUUAUGGGAAGGAAGAAUUUAUUAGUGCGGUGCGUAGGCACUGCGGCUAGGAAAUUCAGGGCGUUACAGGAGAUCUGGAUCCUGCCGUGGUGGGGGAGUAGUAGGUUGGCUGCGGCGCCUCUCUGGGCUUUGGAUACGUUGGUGUUAGUGGUUAAAUUGUGCUCGACUUGCGCUAUGGCGGUGUUUCGGGUGUUGGUGCCACCGGUUAUGAAGAGUUUGCAUGGUGAAACUGUACUGAUAACGGGAGCAGGCAACGGUUUAGGCCGGGAGCUAGCGAUGCAAUUCGCUGAACUGGGUGCGACCGUUGUCUGCUGGGAUAAGGACGCGAGGCGAAACGACGCAGUGGUCAACGAAAUAAGGAGCAAGGAUGGCGAGUGCUUCGGCUACACAGUAGAUGUCACAGUCCGCGAGCAAGUAUUCGCGCUUGCAACACUAAUGCGGCGGCAGCUGACAGAAGUAUCAAUGGUCGUCAGCAAUGCUGGGGCACUGACCGCCGCGCCACUCACGUGCCUUCGGCCUGAGGCGGUCGCCAAGAUUGUUGAAGUCAACUUGUUGGCGCAUUUCUGGGUAUUCCAAGCUUUCCUGCCAAGUAUGAUCGAAAGACGGCGGGGUCACAUAGUGGCCAUCAACUCAAGCGCAGGCCUCAUGCCUUGCGCAGAUAUGGCACCGUACUGCGCAGCUAAAUUCGGACUCAGAGGUCUAAUGGACUCUAUAUCAGAAGAGCUCCGCCUGGACGCGUGGACGAAGAACAUCCACACCACAUCUGUGUACGUCGCGACCAUGGCUACCGGAAUGUAUCCGACACCUUCGCACAGAUUCGCCUUUUACUGUCCCGAACUCGCGCCUAAAGACGCGGCUCGAAUGAUAAUUGAAGGUAUACGACAGAACAAUCGCAUCGUCUGCAUACCAUCCUUCAUGAAGACACUGAUCGACUUUAACAACCUUAUGCCGUACAGAAUAAGGAUAAUUUUUACAGACUUCUUCAACUUUGGCCACCGAGGGUGGUUCUGCUUCUGUUGAGUGAAUUUCAACCGAUUUCGGACUAAGGUUGUUAUUCCUAUUCACAUGAUAUAAGGAACAUGUGUUCAGUCGGAGUUAUGGUAUUUAGUUUAACUUUUUGGCGCUCAUGUUCGUGAAUUUUACGAACAAGCUUUAGCAUGCUGGCAAUAUUACUAUACCUACCUCUUCUUCUUUAAGAUUUUCUGUACCCCUAGUGUAAAUGUAUUCGAUGGCGUAACGUGACGUACGCGUUUGCGUUAAGUUUCAUUUUGUAUGGGACUUUGAGUUUCCAAAACGUUCCGCUUGGCGCGCUGUGUCUAAAUCCCAUACUAAAUGAGACUUAACGCAAACGCAUACGUUACGUUUCGAAAUCGAAUUAAUUUAUACUAGGGGCUCUGGUAGAAUAUAAGAUAUCCUAUUAGAUGAUAGUAACGGUACAUGGUGAUAAAAACCUAAAUUCACAGUGGAGUUACGUUUUUAUAGAUGUGUAUAUUUCACUAGGCGUUAUAGUUAAUUUUAAUAGGUAAUUAUUGGUUUAUGAUUGAAUUUAAACAAUUAAAUAUUGUUUUAGGUA